AUGGAUUCGGAUAUUCUUCAUCACACAUUCGAAUACAUUUCGGACUAUUUGAAUGAUAACGAGAAUAAUUUAAUCGACCAACAACAACCAGUUGUAAUGGCCAUCAACCAAGCCAUUUCAACUACUCAAGUCGAUUAUACAUCUAUUAUCCUCAUCAUGGGUUCGGUGUUUAUUGUAUUAUUCUUGUUGAUUUUAAUUACGUGUGCCAUCUUGAGAAAUUCAAAAAGAAAAUAUAAAUUUUAUCAAUUUCAAAAGAGAGAAAAACAACCCCGAGAAUUUGAUAAGGAAUAUUUCAAAUCAAAAGCAUCACAUUGGACAGUUUCUAAUUCGGUAAAGGCCUAUUCUAUUCAAGCUAAUGAAAUUUUUCAAAAUUGGAAACCACCUGUUUUCCAAUUGAAAGCUCUUCCUCACUUUGCUCAUUUAUAUGUAGUGAGCAGUUCAACCAAUCAUCCACAAUGUGAAGGAUAUGUAUUCUACAAUAAUGUGAGAGAUUCAAUGGGAAGUUCUCUUUCGAAUAUUUCAAUUUUGAAUAGUUCAAGAGUUGCUGCUCAUCAAUCUACAGAUUUAACUGAAUUGAGAAAGGGUAUAUUAUUGGAAAGGAAGCCAACUUCUUCAACCAUUGCUGGAGCAUCUUUGGAAAAUAUUGAACUUGAAUUUAGAAAUCCUUCAAAUGUUGGAAUCUCAAUCACUACUCCACCACCAUCCACUCAACCAAUUCCACCAUCCACUGGUAUUGUUCAAUCAUCAUCCACUAAAAUUCUCUCCCAAUCAACAUCUCAACUUAAUAUGGCCAAUGGAGGAAAAUAUUUUUCAUCUCUUUCAAAGGGAAAUUUAAACUCUUCUACUGGAACUGUUGUUAUGGCAGAGCAAAAUAUUGAUUAUUCAGAGGAAUUACUUUUCAUUUUGUGA